AUGGCGACCACGGUCGUGACCGCUGGAGGGCCACCGUGCAUGAGUUACAUCUGCCCCAGUCAAGGAGACACUGAUUUCUUAGCCGGUACAACAGAAUGCACGCUGAUCAUCAACACCAAACCGGCCGAGUGUGUCGAUACCGCGACAGCCACUGGUACAAUCGCGUCAAGAACCACAGCAAGUCGGUUUUCAUCACCUCAGGCAAACGGUCCGGCCACAGCAUCGUCCUCAGUGGCAAACCUCACCACAGCCGGGCCGUUGGUCGGUCAUCCUCACGAAGGAGGCCACGCGCACCCACACGCCGUGAUCGCGGUACCUCUCACUGUCGGCAUCAUCAUCUUCCUUCUAACAGCAAUCCUCCUUUGGCGACGCUACCGCCCUUCUUCAUUCCACAAAAUCCUCGAUUCAAUCCCAGGAUGCGGCUGUUUUGCACGAUGGCGUAAGACUAGAGAAAAGAAUCGAGAGACUCUCGCCCUGCACCGUUUGGGCAUCUUGACUGGAGAUGGUCAUCGCAUGGGUGGAACAGGUCUAGUUGCAGGGGAUACAUACGCUCGACAUCUGAGGAAGUUUGAGGAGGAUGCUGUGCGCGCCAAAGGGAAAUGCAGCUACGACACAAACGCGCAAUCUCCUGGUUCUCCCUUCUCGACAGGAAAGAGGAGUGCUAAGAGUGGCGGCACACCACGGAAUCUCCAGUUGGGAAGCCCUUGGAAAUACACGCCAACCAAGGUCGCAGGCAACUCGGGCAGAGGGCCUAGAGACAGUUUGGAGAGCUGGGAGGAGACGUGGUAUGCCAUGGGCACCACGGACGGUGCGGCGGCGAAGGGGGAGCAGGAGGAGGGAGUGACCGCAGGGUCAGGUCAGUCCUGGAGGAAGCUGGUUUGA